AUGUCAUCCGCUGAGAACCCGAACAUACCAGUUCCCCAUCGCCCUUUAGAAAACAACCCACCCAAUGACUCUGCUGUGAUUCAAAAUACCGAGCGAUCUCCAGGUUUACUUACGCCAGGGCUCGGAGUAGAUACUACGAUCGGGCAGAGUCGAUAUCAUGGCUCCACAACUUCCCUAGCCCUGAGCCACUCUGACAAAGGCACCAACGAGGGGAAACGUAGACUACUCAUGGUUUACAUUCAUGGAUUCGUUGGAUCCGAAGAAAGCUUCCAUGAUUUUCCCAAACAUGUUCAUGAUCUUUUGACAAUAUCGUUACGUGAGACCCAUGUGGUCUAUACGAAGAUCUAUCCUCGGUAUAAGACUCGGGGACCUGUGCAUAUAGCCCGGGACAAUUUUAGCCAAUGGAUUUCGCCCCAUGAAGCUCCAGACUUAGAUGUUAUUCUCUUGGGCCACAGCCUGGGAGGCAUCGUCGCCGCAGAGGUUGCACUAAUGCCAAUACAGUCUGCAACCAGGCUUGUGCCGGACACGAGGCUGAAUCAUCGGAUAUUGGGACUGGUCAACUUUGAUGUGCCCUUCUUUGGGCUACAUCCUCGCGUAGUGACCACUGGAAUUGGGAGACUCUUCCGCCACAAACCGGAAGAAACUAGCGACACAACCAAUUCAGUUGCAUCUAUAAAUGAGAGUAUCUCUAGUCCGGACACUACGUUCAACCCCGCCUUUCAGAAUGAUGUGAAACUAACGCAAUGGAAUGGCUGGGAUGGCGCAUGGCAUUUCAUUUCGAAGUACUCGCACCACUUAUCGAGGUCGAUUCUGCAGUAUGCUUAUUCAUAUUAUGACCACGCUGGGUGUAUGAACAACUACCCCGAGCUCUUCAAGAGGCAUAAACGACUGAUGAAGCUGGAGGCAAUCGACGAGUUUAGUCGAGAUUCCCAGGCUCAGAGCCGUGGUGCUUCGCGAGUCCGAUUCGUAAAUUACUUCACCAAGAGUACGGGGACAAUAAGGGCAGGUGGAACAGGCAACUCAUUUCCAACUCGCAUAGUCAGAAAUGAGGACCUUCGUAAAUACAAUUGGCAGGGGAACUUGGAAGAUGCAACGAAUAUACUCGAAAUGGAUCACAAACCCGGCCAUGCUCGGCGGAAAUCAUCGCCACACGGUUUAGUUGACUCUGCUGGAUUGUUGCGGAGAAAGCAGGACAUAUGUCCUCAAUCAAGUAGUGGCCAGCAUUCAUCCUUGCAUUUAGAGUCUUCUGUGAGGACCGUUGUGCAAAGCGCCGUAACGGGUGGCCAAGAUGAGAACCCUGAAAUGGGCUGUGAGAGGCCUAAUCAGUCCCAGGCAGCUCGCCGACAGUUCUGCUACCUUCCGAAAAAUAUAUUCAAUGGCAAAGAGCACCUGUGGAUUCCAGUGCAGAUGGAGGGCAUUGACGAGAUCACGGCUCAUCAGUCAAUGUUUCUUCCUCAGCGUACAUAUUAUGACAAACUUGUCGGAGAUACAGUAGCGCUGGUCGAAGGCUGGAUAAGCGAUGACCUGACGAAACGAACUAUUUUAGAAGGUGGCUUUUGUAAAUAG